CAAAACUGUCAACAAUUUUUAAUUGAACAUCAAAACUUUUAGGCAUGCAUUUUAAAUUUUAGUUCAAGUCCUUAUAAAAUUUACAAAAUUUUAAAUUUUUGUGAAGAUAUCUUGCUGUGACGCUACCUUAAUAAGCAUCUCCAAGGUAUUUUAAAAGGAAUAGAAGGACUAAGUAUAAAUAUGACUGGCAGUCAAGCGUGCUGCCCUGCGGCAUGUCAACCAUGUGCCGAUUGCCCAAUGCCGCCUCAUCCCAUCUGUUGUAUGUCUUGUCCGCCACCGAUUGUGUUGCCCACUGUUCCGGAACCUGUCAAACCGUUAAUGAUGCCAGUUGAAAAAUGUGAGAAUCGUAUGACAGAUGAAGAACAAUUUCUGUACCGAUUUGCCAAUUUCUACAACAACUACAACAUCGACUGGAGGACAGAAGCGCUGAAAUGCAAUGGUCCUCCAGCUCCAGACCCAAGAGCAAGUGUAAAGUGUAAAUACGGUGUAACCGUCGACGGAAAGAGUCCUUACGUCCCUCGAAUACACAGAAACGAAAACUGUUGUACAGAUAAAGGCUGCCCGACUGGUUUUAAACCGUGUGUAGUGAAAAUGUGUCCGCAACACAACGGACAUCCCUGUGGAUUGUGGUGUGCUGAAGUACAAGAAUGUGCACCAAAACCUUGUAAAUGUUCAAAUAUCGAAGCAUUUAACGACAAACAGACGAAAGAAGAAUACGAUACAGGUAACUUUUAUAAUAAUUGGAAUAUCGACUAUCGGAGCCAAGUCAGAAAACAAUAUGGACACUACAAAGAACAAAGGUGUUGUUCUAACGAUAUAACACUUGAUGCACAGCGUGCAUGCUGUGGUUGUGAAUAUAAAUCUAGAUCUGAAGACAAACAAAACGAGAUACCUAACGUAACAGGAUGUUGUUUUGGAUACCAGCCAGGCAUAUUAAAACUGAUUCCUCCUCCAGAUGAAAAUCCAUGCGGCCCCUGGUGCGCGGAGUUAAAAUUACCGAGGCCAGGUAGUACCGUUCGCAAAGAUAGAAAAAAAGAAAAUAAAAAUGAAUCUAAAACUUGUCUAAGACCAUGUUGUAAACAUUGGAAAUCUAAAGAGGGGGAAUGCAAAUAUGAUUUACCUUGCAAAGCUCACUGUUAUAACCACCCAGUAGGAAUGAAACCAAAAUACCACGUACCAACAAUUGAUUACGACCUUUUAAGAGACCUUGGAGAAUGCAUGGAUUUAAAAUAAUACAAGCUUAUAUAUAAUAGAGAAAACAACGAAACACUAAUUACUUGAAGCAGUUAUUCUAUAAUUUUUUAUAAUUUACAACACUACCAAAUUGCCCAAAACUUUAACC